UUUGAGAAAUAUGUUUGUAAUAUUCGAGAAUAUGUUCACGAAACAUAUAAAGAUCGUGCAAUUAUUGCUUUUGUACUGUGUCGUCGUACAAAGUUACGUUAUACCUGAAAAUAGAUCGCUGAGAAAAGAUGCUAAUUCCUUUCAAGACUUAUGUAAUGAUAUUGAUGAGGAAAAUGUAACCCUGAAAUUGAGGAUUAAAUUCAGGACCAAUCUAUACUCUUUCUUUUGGUUAGCAUAUAAGUGGAGCAGUUCUUUACCCUAUCAUUCAAACGGAGGAAGAUCUUUUAAUCUGGAGCAUUCACUGGAAGAUGAAAAUUCAGUGCUUGUAGAAGAAAGCGAUUAUAGAAUAAAAGAUCGAGAGAUAACCGCCGACGACAUUAUACAGUACAUUGAGGUUAUCACGUCCUCGUUAGACGAUUUUCGUGAAAAUGUAAUUGUAAAGGAUGCUGUUACUGAAUCCUCCCCUAACUUGAGCAAAGAUAUCGAGAUACACCUAACACGAUUCGUAAUAAUGGUAUAUCAAUGGUCCUUCGAUGUAAUGACUCUAAAUAUUCUUGAUAAUUCAUAUCACGAGCGUUUCGUAAAUAUGCGAAACAGCUGUAUAUCUCAACUUAAGAACUACACACUGGCAGAUCGUUUAGUAAAUUCUUCCGAUAUCAUAAGUGAGAUUAAAAUAAUCGUAAACAAGGUAAAUGAAGAACCAAAGAAAUUAUCCGAGGAAAAGAAAUUAUCGGAUAUGGCCUACGCUCUCUUAAUUCUGAUUACAUCGAUCGAAUCAGAAUUAGAUGAGAGACUAAAAUUUGAGGAAAAUAUAAUAUCGACACGUCUCAAUAACGAACUAUUCAGGUUCCAAUUUAUUGCAUAUACAUGGGUCCUUCAUAUACGUUAUCCGAAUAUUUUUAAGAAUUCUGUCAAUAAGAACUCCCAGUCUCCACUAGAAGAUCAGUCUUCAAGGCCAAUGGGAAAAAAUGAUAACAGACCGACAGAUCAGGAGAAUAACACCGCAGAUGUUUUGGAGCAUGAGAAUAAGUCAUCGACGAUCGAAGGCAUCGAUGUUUCUACUAAAUGCAAAUUCAAACAAACCAUACGUCACACAUUAGAAAUGCAGCUAUUCAUUUUCACACAGAUAACACAUGAGUGGUUAUCUGAUUUUCUUAUAUACGGUUCAAAUACCGCUAGAGGAAGAUCUUUUAAUGACUUUCAGCUUCCACUGGAUGAACAGUCUUUCUCAUUGCCCAUGGAAGAUAAGGAAAUAACCAUUAAGGACUUCAUGGACAACGUUAAAUUGACUAAACGUCAAAUAAACGAAAACUUAAAAGCAGUAAAGGAAAUUAUAAUGAACAAAGAUAACGAUUUCCUCCAAACAUUACGGAAUCUCAAGAAUCAUACACAUCAUAAAAGAUCUGCCAUUGAAAACCACACAGAAGAACUCAAGUUCUUACAAGCCGUUCGAUUAGAGUACAUAAUGGUGAUAUAUCGGUGGCUUUCUAAUAUGAUAAUUUCCACUAUCAUUGGCGAAACGUCUCUCGGUGAUUUCCUUCCACAUCUAUUGAAAUGUCAACGUACAUUCCCCGUGAAAAAUAUUACUACGGAAAUAAUAGAGUUUCAGGAAAUAAGUCAGGAAAUCAUUUAUCUCACCAAGUUGCUCCAGGCAACUGCCUCCGAAAUUUGAAGACACUUAUACAACACAACUGGCGACAAAAAUAAUAUAUUCUUUAAACAAUUUAAACAUAAUAAUUUCU